ACAGUGGACUGUGAUCACAGAAGGUGACAUGUCGUGGAUAGUUCUAUACGCAGUCCUUCAUCUCUAUGUUACAGUUAUCCAUUCAUCUGGAAUAACCCCGCAUCCAUCUGUCAAGGCUGAGGUCGGUUCUUUUCUGAAAAAUGCACCCUGGAAACACACGGAGAUGACGGGAUCUUUGAGUGGGGGACCAAUGGUUCUCACCGUGAAGUUCAAGUACAAGCUUGAUGGGGAAUUUGUGUUCUCUAAAAAAUUCCCUGGUCAAAAAUUCAAAGACUGCUCAGAUAUAUUGAAGAAGGAACCGUACAGACGGAACAGAGACGGCGUGUACACAAUAUAUUUGAGUAACGGAGUCAAGAGAUGGGUGUUUUGUGACAUGACAACAGACGGAGGGGGUUGGACUGUAAUACAAAGACGAUUUGACGGAAGCACAGAUUUUCAGAGCAAAUCCUGGCAGAAGUACGCUGAAGGAUUCGGACAUCCUGGUCAUGAGUACUGGUUUGGUAACAACGCUAUUCAUGAUCUAACAAAGUCUGGCCGUAUGAAAUUAAGAAUCGAUUUAAAGAAAUUUGACGGUGAUAAAGGACAUGUACAGUAUUCAACAUUUAAAGUGGGGAGCAAGUCUGACAAGUAUUUGUUGACUGUUGGAGGUUUUAAAGGAUCUCUUGGCAUGAAGGAUUCCUUUUCUUAUCACAAUGGAAUGAAGUUUUCGACUAAGGAUCGCGAUAAUGAUAAAGCUGGAGCAAACUGUGCAGCGGCCAAUGGAAAUGGAUGGUGGUUUAAUGCAUGUCACCAUUCUAAUUUAAACGGAAUAUACUACAAGAAAGAGACCGCUACAUCAGCUGGUAUGACAUGGUUUUACUGGGAUAAUGCGAAUAAAUGGGUGUCACUAAAGUCAUCUAAAAUGAUGAUAAAGCCAAAAUGAAUAAUAUAGAGCGAAACAGAAUUAAUAAAUAAUCCAUUUA